UUUCAGACCAUUUCAUGAUGCAAAAAUCUGAAAGGUUCACGAAGGUCAAGGUUCAAACGGUGGGCGAAGAGGUGGUACUUUGGGAAGUCAUGGAGUGGCUCUGGGUUAAUCGGAUUGCGAGGGAGUUGAUUGGGAUAGAGUAAAGUCGAACUGAAUUAAAUGUAUGCUGUUGUGAAGAACUAAUGAUAUUUAUGUUGGAGACUUGAAUUUUCGUGGAUGCUGAUGAAAUGUAAAACAGGACCUGAUACAAUGAAGUCCCAUUUCAAAUACGUGUCGGACAGUGCACGAAGCAGCCAGAAGCUAACGUUGAUCGAGUAUAACGCUGAAGAUAAGAUUUUCAAAGCACUUCAGUUACGAAAUGCUUGUGAAAUGAAGAUGGGCAUCAGACGGCGCGAUGGUCAUUACUUUUUUGUAGAAGAAGUGGUUUGGAUGGUCGAAACUGGUUUGGCUGUUGUUCUUCAUCGUGGAAUGCAAUUGUCUGUGCAAGAAUGCUAUCGAUUACUUGGAACAUUUCUAAUUACACCAGAAAAAUUUUUCGUUUACUCAUACUUGAAGCGUGCUGGCUAUGUCAUAGUACCUUACAAGGCUUUCGGAACUUCUGCAGACGACGGAAAUGGUGAUCGAUGGGAACUUGCGCCAAAAUUUCUCUUUCCUGUUAAUCUCCUGGAUCAGUUUCCCACUGUCAAGUCAAUGAAGCUUACAAUGACCAAUUUUCGCCGUAAUCCAAAAUUAGUGGAAGUAUUUGGUGUAUCCGAAGAUUUUCCUACGUCAGACAUUGAAUCAGUUAAUUGGGAUAAGCAUGGUGAAGUCCAAGGAAAUUUCAAAGAAAUCCUAAGGCCUCGUUACUGGCCAAGAUUUGACCAGUUCUCUAAUCACGUCUCCACCUGGUCGGAUUAUCGUAAAGAGCGAGCAAAGAUAUUGAAACUGAAUCCUAUAAAGGAUGUCUCAAAUUCAGCUCACUUGCCUAUUGAUUAUGAUAUAUAUGCAGGGAAUGGUACUUUUUGUCGCAAUCUUUCGCCGAAACCAAUAUACCGUUUAUUGGUUGUAAACAUUCAUUUUCCAUUUCCAUCCGUUUCUGAUUUGCAUUGGUUAAGUUCAAAGAUUGUUGAUGGGAGGUUGCUAAUAGCUGUUGUUCAACAAGCUGCAGUUUUAUUUUACAAUAUCGACCACCAAACAGUUUGUCUGUAAAUACAUCAUUUUCAUGCAGGAACGAGGGAGUGAUGAUAGACUUGAGAUUAUUUUGUUUAGCUUUUUCCGACUGUAAAUGGACUUUCUCAAUGAGAUGCACCUAUGUCAGUUGUCAAAUCGUUCUUUAAAAUCCCAAUACUGAUUAGAUUUGUUAAUAUUAAUUGUACAGUUAAAAAUUAUCUAUUAUAAAUUGCCUUGGUUUGUUGUUCUUUCGGGAUAAAAAUUUCCCAAAAUUUUGUCAUUAAAA